AUGGACCCCGUCAUAUCGACCGCCACGAGACUCCUAACUGAAGCCGACAGCAGUCUGGAGCACGCGUCCGUGGGCAAAAUCAUCUCAACCGGUUUGCUGCUCGGCAUUGUGCACGUGCUCACGGGCCCGGACCAUUUGAGCGCCCUAGCUGCUAUGGCCACGGGUGGGUCGUUCAAGGCGUUCGCACUGGGAGUGCGAUGGGGCUGCGGCCACUCCCUCGGCCUGUUGAUCAUGGCCGGCAUCUUCUUCGCCGCGGGCCAAACCAUCGACCUCGAUGACGUGGGCGGAUACCUCAACUACGUCGUGGGCGUCUUCAUGAUCGCGUUGGGCGUCUGGACGGGUAGAAGCAUCUACCGCAAGUACCAUCAAGCACAUGAUGAGGAGAAGGCUUCGAACGAUGGACUGGAAGGGCCUAAGACCUUCAAGCAGAAUUACUGCGCCAACCUGAGCUUCGAGAACCCCAUGAUGCAAAGGGUCGCAGCUCUUUGCGUGGGGAUUGUGCACGGUAUCGCCGGACCUGGAGGCAUUCUGGGUGUGCUACCCGCCGUGGUGCUCAACAACUGGGGCAAGUCGAUCGCCUACCUCGGCUCGUUCUGCGGCGCGUCCAUAUUGACGAUGGGCGUGUUCGCAGCCGUUUACGGUGAAGUCACGCGUCGACUUGGCGGCAGCUCACCCAAGAUGGACUUCCGCGUGGGCAUGUGCUCUUCGGCGUUCUCGUUCGUUGUUGGCGUCCUUUGGAUCAUCCUGCAGGCAGCGGGUGUACUCGACGAGAUUUUUGGCUAA